UUGAGCCCCUCUGCUCUCACUUACAAAGUUUCCAUCAAGAAUUCACUUUUAUAAAAAAAAAUGGCCAUUCGACAAAUUCUGAGACGAUCUUUCCAUGGUGAAAGAAGGCCGGCUGAAGUCCCAAAGGGGCACCUUGCUGUCUAUGUUGGAGAAAUUGAAAAGAAGCGUUUUGUGAUCCCGGUGUCGUACUUGAACCAUUCCUCGUUUCAAGAACUUUUGCAUCGGGCUGAGGAGGAAUUCGGGUUCAGUCAUCCAAUGGGAGGCAUCACCAUCCCUUGCAGCGAGGAUCUAUUCGUUGAUCUCCUCUCUGACUUGAGCAGAACAUGAUGUGCUGGUGUUCGUUUAGACUUUAGAAUGUCAAAGUUUUGUACAGUAGUUUCUUAUAACAAUGCAUCCAACAGAAAUACUAGAUUAAUUGAAUAUACAUGUAGAUAUUAAUCCAUUAUUCAGCUCUUUUCAUCAUCUUGUUUCAUUGUG